UACUAUAAUUACCUGGCACGUCAACACGCAUCAGCCCUGGGAUGGAGACACUUACUGUCAUAUCCGCCCUAAUUAUGGUAUCGAUGGUGAAUGCUGAAACUGUCCUGUCGGUGAACCUUAUAUCUCUCUACAACCAAAACAGUGAAGUUUACACAAACAACCAACUCCUUUGCUGUAAUGAUGCUGCAAAACUCGGCCAAAGCUGCGUAGAACCGUGUAAUGUGGUGCUACACGUUUGUUACAGGCCAAGAAAUCUUGAUCCGUGUCAGCAGACCGGGAUAAGCACUCGUAUUCAGAAGCAACGUAAUAUCCGAUUCACCUCAACGAUUGGCAAUUUGUCUAACCCGAUAAUUUUUCAUGCGCAACACUGGACGUUUUAUUCGGGAUUUACUGUGAAAGCUUUUGAAGACUACGAGCAAACGCGAAUUAUUGGCAUAUUCGAUGUGUUUCCUUAUCUAAGUAAAGUCGACACAAGUCUAAAUACCGCCAGAGUGCACGAGCAAAAGUCAAUUCAGGACGGCAGAACACAUGCAUACCUCCAUGUGACAUUUAAAGUGUAUGACUGUACACCUGACUUCACCAGUAACAGAGUAUGUGACUCUAACGGACAACUUGUGUGUGCGCCACACUUCUUUGGUCCGCACUGUGACAAGCAGUGUAUCCCUCCGCCUUUACGUGGACACUGUGAUACGUAUGGAACCUUGCGUUGUGAUCUCCCGUUUUUCGGUUCAAACUGCAAUAACUCGGGAGACUUUAUCCUGAAGAUAUCACUCAAGAGCCUUUUUAUUCCUGCUUGUCCUUGUCCACAACCAAGUGACACGUGUUCGCCGAUUUGUCAUCCAGCUGUGCGAAUAUGUUUAAUAGAAAAUGGACUGAACACAUGUACACAGGAAAUGAAUGGCACAGCAGAUUAUUCUGGCAAUCAACACACAACCUUUGGACCAUCGGUCGGAAAUCUUUCGAAUCCUGUUCUUUUUCAUCUGCUAACGUGGUCGUCCAAAAGUAAGUUCCAGGUUAUCUUCUACGGUAACGGUCAGCCGAAUCACCUGGUAGGUUCCUUCCUGGUCACACCCUUCCUGCCAGUGGCCGGUAUAGCAACAGAAGGCCAGGAGGUCAGACGUGUAAGAAAGACGUUUAACAACACAGGAGCUAUACUGACCUUGGAAUACGAGGUGUUCCUAGAUACUUGCACGCCACAACCAGACCACCAUCGCGUGUGUGACCAGCAUGGCCACCUGGUAUGUGACAAGGACUUCUACGGACCAAACUGUGAGAAGAUCUGUGUCCCUACCAGCCACGCGACCUGUGACAACCAUGGGCGUUUAAUUUGUAACGCCAGCUUCUACGGACCAAAGUGUAAUGUACACUGCGUGCCCGCGGAACAUAAACAGUGUGACAAUAACGGUAACCUCCGAUGUCUCCCGAACUUUCACGGAACGCAGUGUGAUAUUUACUGCGUGUCUACUAUACGUGGAAGGUGUGACACGCACGGAAAUCUACGAUGUUUCCCGAACUAUUUUGGACCGAACUGUAGCGUUCACUGCAUCGCCAUAAAACAUGGAACUUGCGACCGAAACGGAACUCUUGCAUGUCACGUGGAGUUUUACGGUUUGAACUGUGAUGUGUUUUGUAAAGCCACACCUCAUGGUGCUUGUGAUCAAAAUGGAACUCUUGUUUGUGAAAGCGAUUUCUAUGGAACGGCAUGCCAAACAUUUUGUAAUGAAACAAAACAUGGAAGUUGCAAUGCCGAAGGUGAUACCAUUUGUCAUCAGAAUUUUUAUGGUGACUCAUGUGACGUGUUUUGUAUAAAUUCUCAACACGGUCAAUGCAAUUCCAAUGGAACUCUGGAAUGCGAAAAAGAUUAUUUUGGAGCAUUAUGCGAAAUAUUCUGCAAUAGGUCUGCAGGUGAUUUUUGUAACUGCACAAAAGGAUAUACUGGACGAAGGUGUGACGUUAAACUUUCGGGAUGUUAUUCACAGCCUUGUCUGAAUGGAGGUACCUGCAAAGAAACCAAUAAUGUAGAUGCCUAUCAAUGCGAGUGUCCUAUUGAGUUCACAGGCACAAACUGUGAGAGGUUGAAUGUCUGUGCCUAUUCCCCAUGUCGUCAUGGACAAUGUACCGCGACCUCCAGGAGUUUUCACUGUAGCUGUAAACCCGGCUGGACUGGAUUCACCUGUGAAACAGACAUAAAUGAAUGUCUGCAGUCCGUGUGUCCGUCAGGCAAAACGUGCAUUAAUAACCUUGGUAGCUACACUUGUCUUUCCUGUGAGCAGACUCUCUGUCGGAACAAUGGGACCUGUAGUUACAAGGACCUUGCUCCUGUCUGUAAGUGUCGGCGCGGCUGGACCGGAAGAGACUGUUCCGUUGCUGAUGCUUGUCUUGGCAAUCCUUGCAGUCAUUACAAAAGAUGUGAGGCCGUUCCUGAUGGAUAUUAUUGUCACAAUGUUGAUGAUAUUUGUAGCCUAACGCCGUGUCAGAAUGGCGGGGAAUGUCGACAAAACGGUCACAAUUUUACCUGCAUAUGCCGUCUAGGGUUCAAAGGCGAAACAUGUCACGAGGUCGACCGCCAGCCAUGUUUAAAUGGUGCAAGUUACAAUACCCAUACUAACACAUGUUCUUGCGCUAGAGGGUGGAACGGGGACACGUGCAAUAAAACUAACCAUUGCGCGUCUGACCCUUGUAACAACAAUUCGUCUUGUGUCAAUAGUUAUGACAGUUACGCGUGCCUGUGUCAAGAAGGCUGGCGGGGACAUACCUGUAUGACAAAAGACUUCUGCUUCAAUAACCCCUGCAACAGUGGAAGUACAUGUCUUACUUCAACGACGUCAUUCACAUGCAAAUGUCCUCCAGGAAAGAUUGGGCUUCUUUGUAACAACACAAUGAACACAUGUGACCCGUCUCCUUGUUUGAACAACGCCCUAUGUGAGACGGUUGGAGGGGCGGUCGUCUGUUACUGUCUCGGUGGCUGGGUUGGUAAGAUAUGCGAAAUUGACGUCAAUGAAUGUGACAACAACCCGUGUCCCGAACCACUCUCCUGUGUCAACUUUCCUGGGGGCUUCACGUGUACGAAUCACGAGCACGUUAUCAGACGAGAUGUCCGACAAUCUCCAAGGUUCGGACCAAUGCAGCCAUCAGAAAAUGAAGCUUCGGAAAGUCGACCCCUAGCAUAAGGGUACUUUGCGGUGAUGACGUCAUUGACAGGAAAACAUUAUUACACGAGUUACUGGACUUUGUUUGAAAAUCGAAAUAUUUUAUGUGGUCGAAAAAUGACUUUCAAUAAAAUUCCUA